UAGUAACUACUAGUUACCUACCCAGUAUCAAGACUUGUAGAUACCUCGAGGUACUACCAGUUUCAUGAGGGGAGCUUCUGUCUGAGCAGUCACGUGUUCCCCAUACCGUCAUUCUUGAUGUUUAUCUACAUAGCACCAUCCUGGAUUCAAAAUGCCAUAUCGGCAAUACCAUGCAGUGAUUACCCGAAAAAGACGGAAUGGCCCAUAGGCCUCAAUACCAUAUUCAUGCACAAUGGAAAACAUGCCAGAUGCAGAUCCAGAUACCCGAGCAGAGGUAGAUCUUAUGAUAUUGGAUUAUAUUGUUUGCACUACCAUCGAACUUGCCCUAUACCAUGGGAAAGAAAAGAGCGAAGGACGACAUCCAAGUAACAGGAGCCUCAGCUGGCAGUUCAACACCACCAAUUCUACCAGAACUGUACUUUUGCAUCCUGAUCCUCUUCCCAGAGACAUGAACAUCAAAAUCCAGGUUCUAGAAUUCGCACAACUAUUCUUUAAAAAUCUCGUGUUUGCAGACCAAGAACAUGCGCCAUCCAUUGAAGUGUUGCAGGACGGGAUGUGCACAGAUUAUGUGAACGAAAAUACCGUGACAGAAAACCAAACACGCCCAUCUCGGACAAAACUACCAUCCGGAGAGGAUAGAUUGCGGACCCGCAAUGCCUACCCAUGUUUUCAUACAUUAGUUGAAUUGAUCACCCUUUGCUCCUUGGCAGAUAAGAAACUGCCUGGGGAUAUAAUCGAGCAUUUCGUCGCACUCGCCGCGUGGGAUGUGUAUCGCCUGGAGGAUAGAUCCCCCAAUGGGUACAAGAUUUUCAUGUCCCAUGCUUCUGAACGGCUGCAUGGAACACCAUACGCAAGGUUUGUACAGGAAUACUUGAGCAACUUCCAGCCACCUAUCGACCCCCCACCCGGUACACGUACCGGGACCCCGCCGCAGGAAUUACUUCAAAACAAAUUGCAGAGGUCGGUGUUCGAUUUCCUCGCCUGUCUGAUGAAAACGUUAGACUCCCCAGUACUCAUUCAACUCGAAAGGGGUAAACUUGUGGGAUUGAGUCGGGAAGAAACCGAACAGCUGAAGGGUAGAGUGGGGCUCUGAUACCAAAAUAAAGCAAGAACGCAGACGGUCAGUCUGAUCUUAGAAUCCAAAGUUAUAAAAUGGACACAGGAGAAAGUAGCAGAAUUUGAUGGAUUUAGGAUAGUAUGCUAAUGGGUUUGGG